AUGGCCGAAUCUGCUGCAUGGCCCGUCGCCGACGCUGCCCUCACACAGGAGCUGCUUGAUCUUGUCCAGCAAGCAACCCACUACCGCCAAGCCAAAAAAGGCGCCAACGAAGCCACCAAGACCUUGAACAGAGGUAUCGCCGAAGUCAUCGUCCUGGCCGCCGACACCACCCCACUCGCCAUCCUCCUCCACCUCCCCCUCCUCUGCGAAGACAAGAACGUCCCAUACGUCUACGUUCCCAGCAAGAUGGCUCUCGGCCGUGCUUGUGGUGUGUCCCGACCGGUCAUUGCAACUUCGAUUACCACCAACGAGGCGUCGGAUUUGAUGGGCCAGAUCAGGAGCAUCAAGGAUAAGGUGGAGAGAUUGAUGAUCUAG